CACUUUAUUUUCGGUGCCUGAAGGAGGUGGCAACGCACGUCUUUUUCAGCUCCUGUGAAACAAAGGAUAGAUCAAACAUGAAUAUCGCACUCUGUGUUGCUGUGAUGGUUGCUGUCUGUCUUUCAGUGGACGCCAAAGUCAGUCCACCCAAAGUUCAGGUGUACAGCCGUAACCCCGGAGAGUAUGGGACGGCGAACACCCUGAUCUGCCACGUGAGUAACUUCCACCCCCCUGACAUCUCCAUCGAGCUCAUGAAGGAUGGAAUGGAGCUCCCCAACGCCAAGCAGACAGACCUGGCCUUCAAGCAGGACUGGCACUUCCAUCUGACCAAGAACGUGGAUUUCACACCCAAUGACGGACAGAAGUACAGCUGCAGGGUCACUCAUGGCGGGAAAGUGAAUGAGUACGCCUGGGAGCCAAACAUGUAACUGUCAACAAAGGCCCACGUUGAGUGACAGAUUUUGACCUCAGCUAUGGAAGCAUAUUGUUCUUCACAUCUCCAAUCAACAAGAUCACAAUUUCUCAACUUUUCUCUACACAAAGUCAACUAUCAAUAGCAUAUUAGAGGUGAAUGUAAAUGUUCAGUUACUUUCUUAAUAUGAGAGAACACACGGGCUGCAGGUCAUUUGGUCUUUUUUAAAUUUAGCAGUGUGUUGCUUAGAUUACUUGCAACUUACUUUUCAUCCUUGGCUACUGGAAAUUGUGUGUAUAUAAAGCUGAAGUAAUGAAAUCCCCCUUGUUUAUUCAGUGUGUAAUAUUUCUUCUUUUUCAUACCUAAAUAAUGCAUUCAAAUAGUAACUGGUAGGGUUAAUAAUACAUGAAUUAGGUGUUCUUUAUGGAAUUUAUGGAAGUGUAUUCUACAAUUUGUAAUUUAAGACAUUUGUAAAUUGCCUGUUCUAAAUAAAAAAUGUCUUAAAAUAUA